AUACGGUAUAGAUAAAAAUGGUGAGAAAUCUUUGAUUUCUUCUUAGAUCACCAGUUGCUCAGAAUCUACUUCCAUAUAUCGUUCAAUUAUAUUUUCUGAAUUUGUGUGUAUAUAUAUGCGUGUAUAUAUCGAACAAACACACAGCUCUAGAAGCUUCUGUACAAUUCACUCCAGCCGCACCCGCGUUCAAUUCAGAUCUACAAAUCUCCCCGCUUCGAUUCAGCAAUGGACAAGUCUAAUGCCUUGGAUUAUAUCAAUCAGAUGUUCCCAACUGAGGCAUCAUUAUCUGGAGUCGAGCCUUUAAUGCAAAAAAUUCACAAUGAGAUUCGCCGUGUAGAUGCCGGAAUUUUAGCAGCUGUUCGCCAACAGAGCAAUUCGGGAACAAAAGCCAAGGAAGAUCUUGCUGCAGCUACAGGUGCUGUGAAGGAACUGAUGUACAAGAUUCAUGAAAUAAAAACUAAAGCCGAGCAAAGUGAAACAAUGGUACAGGAGAUAUGUCGCGACAUUAAGAAAUUGGAUUUUGCAAAGAAGCAUAUAACUACUACAAUCACAGCACUUCAUCGUCUUACAAUGCUAGUCUCCGCAGUUGAGAAACUUCAAGUAAUGGCUUCAAAACGCCAAUAUAAAGAGGCAGCUGCACAACUUGAGGCUGUGAACCAGUUAUGUAGUCAUUUUGAAGCCUAUCGAGAUAUCCCAAAGAUCACGGAGCUGAGGGAGAAAUUGAAGAACAUUAAACAAAUUCUGAAAUCACACGUGUCCUCUGAUUUUUCAAGCCUAGGCACAGGAAAAGAAACUGAAGAAACUAAUUUGCUGCAGCAGCUAUCAGAUGCUUGUUUGGUUGUUGAUGCUCUGGAGCCAUCAGUUAGAGAAGAUCUGGUUAAGAACUUUUGUAGCCGUGAGCUUACUUCAUAUCGACAGAUCUUUGAAGGAGCUGAAUUAGCCAAGCUGGAUAAAACUGAGCGAAGAUAUGCUUGGAUAAAACGUCGUUUAAGAACGAAUGAGGAGAUAUGGAAAAUCUUUCCUCCUUCAUGGCACGUUGAGUAUUUGCUCUGUAUUCAGUUCUGCAAGUUGACGAGGACACAACUUGACGAAAUCUUAAGUAAUAUGAAAGAAAAGCCUGAUGUUGGAAAUUUGUUGCUCGCACUACAACGUACCAAAGAAUUUGAGGAUGAAUUAGCAGACAAAUUCGGUGGUGGCAGCCCAAGUAAAGAUAUUGGGAGUGACAAUGGGGAGACAGAUAGCGGAGAAAAUACUACUCAAACUGUGUUGGAUAUUCGAAAGAAGUACGAGAAGAAGCUUGCUAGUCAUGAUGAGAAAGAUGGGCAGAAAGAUUUGUCAGUGCCUGGAGCUGGGUUUAAUUUUCAAGGGAUUAUUUCAUCUUGCUUUGAACCGCACAUGACAGUAUAUAUAGAACUGGAAGAGAAGACUCUUAUGGAACAUCUAGAGAAACUUGUUCAGGAGGAAACAUGGGAAAUUGAGGAGGGAAGUCAGACUAAUAUACUGUCCAGCAGCAUGCAGGUCUUUUUGAUUAUCAGGAGAAGCUUAAAAAGAUGCAGUGCUUUAACAAAGAGCCAGACUUUACUCAAUUUGUUCAAGGUAUUUCAAAGAAUUCUCAAAUCAUAUGCUACAAAACUGUUUGCACGAUUGCCUAAAGGUGGUACAGGAAUUGUUGCAGCUGCAACGGGCAUGGAUGGUCAGAUCAAGACAUCUGAUAAGGACGAAAGGGUCAUAUGUUAUAUUGUAAAUACGGCUGAAUAUUGCCACAAAACGGCAGGGGAGUUGGCUGAGAAUGUAGCCAAAAUAAUUGAUUCUCAAUUGGCUGAUGCAGUGGAUAUGUCUGAAGUGCAGGAUGAAUUCUCCGCAGUAAUAACAAAAGCUCUGGUGACUUUAGUACAUGGUCUCGAAUCCAAAUUUGACAUUGAAAUGGCUGCAAUGACGCGUGUGCCAUGGGCAACCCUUGAGAGUGUUGGUGACCAAUCAGAGUAUGUAAAUGGAAUUAAUUUGAUCCUUAUAAGCAGCAUUCCUGCACUCGGAAGCCUUCUUUCUCCUAUUUAUUUCCAGUUUUUCUUGGACAAGCUUGCAUCUUGUCUUGGUCCACACUUUUACCAGAAUAUUUUUAAGUGCAAGCAAAUAUCAGAAACUGGAGCGCAGCAGAUGUUGUUGGAUACACAGGCUGUGAAAACAAUUCUUCUAGAUAUUCCCUCCCUUGCAAGACAGACAUCAGGAGCUGCUAGCUAUACAAAAUAUAUCAGUCGUGAAAUGAGCAAAGCGGAGGCAUUGCUAAAGGUUAUACUGUCCCCAGUUGAUUCAGUGGCAGAUACCUAUCGAGCACUGCUACCAGAGGGUACACCUUUGGAGUUUCAACGUAUAUUAGAUCUUAAGGGUCUGAAGAAGACUGAUCAGCAGAACAUACUAGAUGAUAUCAACAAACGUGGACCUGUAAUUACUCAGCCUCCACCUCUUGCCGCUACAUCAAUCGUUCCAGCUGUCCCCAGCGUGCCUUCACCUCCUGCCUCGAUUGCUUCAACUACUUCUGGAAUCAUAUCAGCAGCAUCGCGAGAGGAUGUCUUGACGAGAGCAGCUGCACUGGGAAGAGGUGCGGCCACUACAGGAUUUAAGAGGUUUCUUGCUUUGACGGAGGCUGCAAAAGACCGAAAAGACGGACCAUUUAGGAAGCUCUUUAAUCCAUGAUACUGAGGGAACGUAGUUAGUUUUUAAAUCCUUCCAUAUUCUCCAUAGAGAUAGAGGCGCAUAGCUGAUAGCUCCCAUAUGUUUUUGAAAAGCUCAACUAUUACUCCUACUAAAGCCCCAGUAAAGUUGAAAUGUGUUGUAUAAUGAAUUAAUGAUACAUGUAAAUUGAACAUACAACUGGAUUAGUCGUUCACUUAAAAAAUUAAAUCUUUUUGCCUGUA